AUGUCAAUUGUAGACGACAUUCGAUCUCUGCACCUGCUUGUGCAGCAUGUGCUUGCUUCAGUUCCUUUCAACAAGAAGAACGAACAAAGACCCAACUUUAUGGACGUGUAUCUGAUCUUACCAGAAGACAUGGCUGCGAUAGAUUUCUCAGAAUCUGCGUGGGACCAGCGGUUUGUUCUUCUGGUGAAUAAGCUCUUGAAAUUGGGCGUCUCUUUUGGGAAUUUGCUCAAAACCUAUGAAAACGAUAAAAGGGCCACUGAGGCGAAAGAGGCGCGAGACGCUCAGUUGGCUAAAGGGAAGCCUCCCACCCAGAGAGUUGACCCUUUCAGUGAUGGGUAUGACGCACACAAGAAUGACGAUGUCCAGAUCUACAACGUGAGGUUUGCUCAGAAUUUGUUUCAUAUUCUCAAAAACUUCGAUAUUGGCGGUGUACCCCACUCUCAGAGAUCUAAGUCGGUUGUUGACAACGAUCAAAACUCUACCAAUGGGUCACAGACCAGUCAGAAUGGUGCUGUAAGCUCACCUAUAAAACUCACAUCUCGUCAGUUGCUUAUUGAAAAAUUAGAGAUUAACAUUUCCCUAGAUGCGCUAUUUACCUACAAGGUGGUGCUUCUUCUCCUACUACGGAUAUACGACAUCCUUGAGAACCUGUUACGGGAUUUUUCUGACGAGCAGAUUGACCAUACGACACUGAAGAGCGACGCAGACACAUCCUCCAUGUUUUCGUACGCCUCGCUCAACCUGAGUGGGACCCCACCAUCUCAAUUCGUGCUGUCCACAGAUGACUAUAUACGUCUUGUGCGAGCAGUCAUGCGCCGUGUUGAUGCUGGACUCGUUGGGCCCUUCGUUCAAACAUUAGUGACGGAGCUUGUAGAUACAAACGUUGCAGCUUCGUUCCAAGCUCUCGCUACCAAUUUUUAA